GCUACCCAGCAGCUAUCAGAGUGGCACAACAGUGUUGGCACUACUGCCAUCACAGUACUUACGCACUUCAUGUCAUCACAGGAUGAUGUGGAGACUGAUGAGGAUUGCAAAAAUCUUGCAAAAAACUUACAUCUCAAGUUAGCUUUCUUGUAUGGGACCGUCACUGAGGACAGCAAAUUCAAGCAGCCUUUUCAAUCUGAACUCCUCAUUCAACGGCAUGUAUAUUCAUUCUCCCGUCAUACCACGACUAACUCAUUUCUCGUGUUUCAGAUGGAACGUGCCCUCAAUAUUUUCAGUGGGGACAUGUGCGUCAGUGAACUGAAAGUCAACAGCAAAGGAAAGGCCAUCAAGGUCCCACACACCAUGAACAAAGCCUCAGGCAAGCCCAGUAGCACUCUCAAGGUGUUUUCGGACACAAACUACAGUGAGGUGACCAGGGGAUACAUGAAGUCUAUCAACCACCUCUGA